AUGGCUUUCUUUGCAUUGGUCCUAGCGAUUUUGUGUUUGAAGGCUGGGCGCACCUCAGCGUCGGCCGCCUUUGAACAGAAAUGCUCUUCAUUUGACCCUUCUAGUGUUGGUAUUACAAAUGCCACGGUUACGGAACAUGUCUACGUUGGGUCUGGAACCAACCUCAGCCUUCCGGAUAAUGAUCCGUCCUGCAACUACAACAACCAAGUCGUGCCGGCAAACCUUUGCCGCGUGGCCCUCCAAAUAGCAACAUCAGGGAGCUCUGGGAUUGUCGCAGAAGUUUGGCUGCCCGAGAACUGGAACGGGCGUCUUGUCACGACUGGAAAUGGAGGAUUGGGCGGCUGCAUAGACUACAGUGCUAUUGCUUACACGGCCAACAACGGAUUUGCAAGUGUUGGUACGAACAAUGGACAUAAUGGCACGUCCGCCAUUCAAUUUUUGAACAGCACGGAGGUCGUGGUUGACUUCGCAUGGAGGGCUGUGCAUACCGGCGUGGAAGCGGGCAAAAAGCUGACACAGCCAUUCUACGGGGAGAGCGCGAACAAGUCUUACUUCCUCGGCUGUUCUUUAGGUGGACGCCAGGCUAUCAAGGCCACCGAGAUGUUCCCUGCAGACUUUGAUGGUGUAGUGGCAGGGUCACCGGCUGUGGACUUUGUCAAUCUUUACUCGUGGAGAGCACGCUUCUACCCAGCCACUGGACCCGUUGACUCACCAGAUUUCAUUACGCCCACCGUUUGGAAGACGACGAUCCACCAAGAAGUACUGCGUCAGUGCGACUUGAGCGACGGUGUCUCGGACGGGAUCAUCGAGGACCCCAUGCUGUGCCAUUUCGACCCUUCGACCCUACUCUGUGGAGGAACAUCAAACAGUUCCGCCUGCCUGUCUUCCUCGCAAGUAGAGAUUGUUCGGAAUGUAUUUGAGACGUAUACAUGGGAGAAUGGGACACUAUUGUAUCCAAGAAUGAAUCCUGGCGGUGAGAUCAUGUCCGCAGAUGGUUUGUAUAACGGACAGCCUUGGGCAGUAUCGCAAAACUGGUUCCGCUAUGCCGUGUACAACAAUCCGAACUGGGAUCCUGCCGCAUACACACUCACCGACGCUCAUUUCGCCGCUGAUGCCAACCCGGGAACCAUUCGCACGUGGCCAAGCAGCCUUUCCGCAUUCCAAGAUCGGGGUGGCAGGGUCAUCAUGUUUCACGGGGGCCAGGACAACCAGAUCACGAGUUUCAACAGCCCACGGUUCUACGACCACCUAGCCGAGGGUAUGGGCUAUACAACGGAUCAAAUGGAUGAGUUCAUCCGCUUCUUCAGGAUAUCUGGAAUGUUUCAUUGCAACAGCGGGCCCGGUGCCUGGGUUAUAGGACAACAAGGGGGAUCCGCGGCGCAAGGAGCGUUCGACAGAGAGAGCAAUGUCUUGGCUGCUGUGGUCGACUGGGUAGAAAAGGGGAUGGCACCAGAGACCAUGACGGGCACUAAAUUUGUGAACGACUCAGCCGCGCUGGGAAUCUCUUUUCAGCGGAGGCACUGCAGAUGGCCAUUGAGAAAUAUCUAUCUUGGUGGCGACCCGAAAGAUCCCCAAAGCUGGGAAUGUCAGAAAAUGGAUGGAGAUCAACCUGGAGGCCGCUACUAG